AUGGAAGGGCAGGCAGAAAAAGAAAUUUACGAUGCAAUUAUUCUGGGCACUGGGAUUAAAGAGUCCAUUCUAGCGGGAUUGCUCUCAAAUACAGGGGCUAAAAUUAUGCAAAUGGAUUCAUCCCCUGUUUAUGGGUCUUCCUCAAGAACUAUUCAAUAUACUGACUUUGUGCAGGAAAUGGCAAACAAAUUUCCGAUGCAGUCCCAGUUUGUAAAUAUAUUUGGAGAAAAAGAAGCGUCUAAAAUAUGCAUAGACCUAACUCCAAAGAUAUUUCUAGCAGAUGAGGGCUUAAUUAAAAUUAUUGCAGAGCACAAUCUGGCCCACUGUAUUGAGUUUUCAAUCAUUUCAGAGCAGUACAUUAUAAAAGAUGAAAAGCCAAUUCUUAUUCCAACCACAAAAACAGCAGCACUAACAAGCAAGCUGUGUGGGCCGCUUCAAAUAAUUAAGCUGCACCGGUUUGUGAGUAUGAUUAAAGGAUUCUACAAUGCGGAGAGCAGAGAAAAGCAGUCUAUGGCCGCGCAGUGGGAAACUGUGCACGAUUUGUAUGAGUACUAUGGAAUAUCACAUUCACUUAGAUCCAUAAUUGGGCACGGAAUAGCACUGUACACAUCAGAUGAGUAUUUGAAAAGCGAGCCGUCUGAGUUUAUACACAGGCUUACCACAUACUUUAGAAGUGUAGCAAGAAUAAAUGGGGAAAAGACAGGAGGAAACUCGCCCUUUUUAUACCCAAAGUAUGGAAUAAGCGAAAUAUCCCAGGGAUUUGCAAGACUGUCUGCAGUAAAAGGAGGAGUAACCAGGAUGGGAACAGAGAUACUUAAAAUGGAUAUGAAGAACGGUGCACACAUUCUUGAUAUAAAAACAGACGGACAGAAAGACACUGUGUAUACCAAAUUCAUUAUUGCAAAUGACCAAUACUAUGCAACUGUUCCAGAUGUCAAUACCAAGAAGGUAUGCACGCUUAGGGGGGUGUACAUACUUAAAGCUCUGCCAAACUCCAGGAGCAAGCAGGCGAUGCUUGCGCUGCCAGGGCAUCCUGGUAUUUUCCUUCUAGUAAUAGGGAAAGACGAAGAAAUGUGUCCAGAGGGGUAUUCUAUAGCAUACAUAACAGCAGAGUACAGUGGAACAGAAGAAGAGAUAGAGAGCAUAAAGAGCUCAUACGAAAUACCGUAUUCUCUUAAAGAGAUAGUUGCACCCGCUGUGAAUCAGCUAUAUGCAUGGAAGUAUUCGAUUAUGCAGCAAUUUGUAUGGAUAGACGAGGCAUCUGAGGGGAUUACUGAUUUAAUCGAUAAAAAUGUAAUUUCUCUUAAGCCGAUGGACAAUACUGUUGACUUUAGAACUGUGCUAGCAGAAGUAGAGGAUGUGUACAGUUUAUUUUCCAGCACAAUAAAGAUGUAGCCAGCCAUACUAGUUUAAACCCAAACUGUUGCUAGAAGCUACUAUGCCUGUGGUUAUAUAGCAG